AGAGCAGCAUUGCUUCUUCUUCCGGCGAGAACCAGCCGCCGGCAACCACUUCCAUCCAUCAGAGCUGCCGGCGCUACCACUAGCAGUGCCGCUGCAACAUCACUGCCUCCCCUGUCCCUGCAUUUUCUUUCUCCGUCUUCAAUUCUUAAGAGAAGAAAAGCUCACUCUUUUUUGGUGGCAGAAGGAGCUUUUCAAGUGUGCGUAGAACUUGGUUGGCUAUUCGAUGAUGGUAUGAAUUUGAGCUUCUUUUCAUCCAAAAGUCGUAACCUUUUGGCUCGAGCUUUUCAUGCUGGUAAGCGUUUCUUAAACCCAAGUUCUGGAGAUAUUGUUUUCAAAGCUAUUUGUGUUAACUUAAAGCGUAAGAGAUGGAGUGUGUUGGAGCGACUAUCCCCUAAGCUCACCAGCUCCUUGGUGAGCCAAGUUGUUUGCGAGUUCCAAAACUCGCCACAGUUGGCUUUAGAUUUUUAUAACUGGGUUGGAGGGUUGUUCCCUCACUCAUUAGAUUCCUGUUGCACUUUGGUUCAUGUGCUAGUGAAGUCAAGAAGAUUUCAUGAGGCCCUGUUUCUUCUGAGAAACUUGAUUGCUGAAGAUGGUACUUCUCCAUUGGUUGUGUUGGAAGUAUUGAUAGAGAGUUAUCAAAGAUGUUGCUCUAGUAUUGCGGCUUUUGAUUCAUUGGUGAGGGCUUGUACUCAGGUUGGGGCUACUGAAGGUGCUUAUGAUGUCAUCUAUAAUUUAAGGAGCCGGGGUUGUUUCAUUACUAUUCAUGCUUGGAAUAAUUUCCUAAAUCACUUGUUGCAAUUGAAUGAAAUUGAUAGGUUUUGGAAUUUGUAUAGAGGAAUGGGUUCUUUUGGUUACAUAGAAAAUGUGAAUACUUUUAAUUUGGUUAUCUAUGCUCUGUGUAAGGAGUGCCGACUAGUGGAAGCUAUUUCAGUGUUAUAUAGGAUGAUGAAGGGUGGAAUUUUCCCCAAUGUAGUCUCGUUUAACAUAAUCAUAGACGCGGCGUGCAGGAUUGGCAACUUGGGUCUUUCCUUGAAACUUUUUAAAAGGAUGACUAUGAUAUCAGGGGAUUUUGUUUGGCCCAAUUCUGUUACUUACAACUGCAUAAUCAAUGGGUUCUGCAAGACUGGGAAAUUAUUACUUGCAGAAGAAAUGCUUCAUAAAAUGGCCAAGGCAGGUAAAAAGCCGAGUGUUCGGGCAUAUGCUACUUUGAUAGAUGGGUAUGCUAGGUGGGGAAGUCUGGAGGAGGCACUGAGGCUCUGUGAUGUAAUGGUGGAAAGGGGAUUGGUCCUUAAUAAUGUUGUUUACAAUUCGAUUUUAUACUGGCUUUAUCGUGAAGGAGGGAUUGAGGAAGCUUCUUUGCUGCUAUCUGACAUGAUUGAUAAGCAUAUAUGGCCUGAUCAGUACUCAUAUGCAAUCCUUACCAAAGGCCUUUGCAGAAAUGGAAAUCUGACUGAAGCUCUUAAGCUUCAUAGCCAGAUUUUAGAACAUAAUCUAAUACAUGAUUCUUUUUCUCACAACAUACUUCUUAACUAUAUAUGCAAAAGGAAAAACAUGGCAGUAGCUAAGCGACUAUUGGGCAACAUGAUUACCCGUGGCCUUGCUUUUGAUGUUCAUACAUACGGAACUAUGAUUGAUGGAUACUGUAAACUAGGUAACACAAACGACGCGCUUCAAGUUUUUGAUUGGAUGAUAAAGAUGGGUGAGAAGCCCAACUUGACAAUAUACAAUUCUGUCAUUAAUGGUCUGUGUAAAAUGGCUUCAACAGAUGCUGCAGAAUACAUAGUUGAUGAAUUACGAAAGAGAAGAUUAUUUGAUGCAACGACCUUUAAUACCUUGAUUAGUGGAUAUUGCACUGGUGGACAGAUUGAUAAAGUGUUUAAUUUGACGAUGGAAAUGAAGAGCUUGGGAAUUUCUGCGAAUAGAGUAACAUAUAAUACACUGAUAAACCUUCUCUGCAAGUGUGGUUGCGAGGAGGAAGCAAAAGAAUUGAUGAAGAUGAUGAUUGUCCAGGGUAUUUGUCCUGAUUUUGUAACAUACACUACACUUGUUACUCACUUCAAGAAAUGUAGUCCUGAUGAGGUGAUUGCAUUGCAUGACUACAUGAUUCUAAAGGGAGUAGUCCCUGAUCAGAAAACAUAUGAUAUCAUUGUAACACCACUUCUUUUAGAAGAAGGAUGAAAGAAAAAGUCAUAAUACGACAUGUAUAGUAGUCUAAAAGGUUGUCCGGUCUCAGUUUGUCACUUUUCUAUUUUUUUCUUUAAUACUAACAGAUCAUACCAUUCAGUCUUUAGUGUACCAAUCAUAUUCCUGUCAAUUCAAAUUACUUUAUUUUAAUUUUGAUAUCGUACAUUAGCUUAUCUUUUCUUAAUUAUAUAUUGUACACUGGAAGUGCAUUUUGCUUAUUUUUUGUACACAAAUUGAUAUGCAGCUUGACCUAUUUUGCAUGAUUUAUAAAUAAGAAUAUAUUUUUUGAAUAGCCUUAAUAAACCAAUUGAGGUAACGAAACUCUUAUUGCUGGAUUUUGAUUCUUGAAUAACAUCAUAACUUUUGGUUUUAGCCAUUCAUUAAUAUAAAGAACUUUCUAUAUUUAUGCGCUCAACUAGAGGAUUAUGAGCCACUUUA